AUGAGUUUGAGGGGCAGAGAAAAUAAUAUUAACAAGUCACCAAAAGGACAUUUAGAAAUAAAUAAAACUCAAACUAAAGAAACAUACUUACAAAAUGAUAUUCCUUCAAGUAAAAAAAAUCUUAAAAUAUUAGCUAGCCAUAACAAUAAUUUAAAUAACUUUAACAAAUUUGGCGACCCAAAUAAUAUCGACACCACUCUAAUAAAUGUUGAUAUAAAUAGUGUUAGCUAUGUGUACAACGAUUUAAAUGAAAAUAAAAAAACUGUGAAAAUUAACAAAUUUUUUAAAAAUAAUACAAAUGCUCAUAAUCCUAAUUAUGACGAAAAAAAUAAAACAAAUAAUAGUCACCGUAAUAUUACACAUUCAAAAGAUAACCAUCAAUAUUCCUGUCCUGUUCAGAAUAAAAAUUUUAAAGUCACCAAAGAAAAGGAUGUACCAAUUGAUAAUGAUAAAGAAAUUCAGUCAAUUAUUUACAAUACAUUUAUAAAUAAAAAUUUAAAAAUAAAAAACAAUCCAAAUAUAGUUACCCAAAAUACUAGCAAAUACGAAAAGCAAUGCAAAAAAAAUAACGGUGUAGGCCUUAACAGUGGAAAAUCAAGACUUAACAUAUCAGCUAGCUCCAAACUUGUAAACAUAAAAAAAAGUGUAAAUAAAAAAAAUACUUACAAUAAUUAUAAAAACAUAUUAAUCUCACCAAUAAGUAAAAAAGAAUAUUCUGAUAAGACAUCCAAUAUAACAGAAACAAAUGAAGAAUUAAAAAAUGUAGUAAAUGAUAAAUCAUUUUUAUAUGUAAAAAUUAAAGAAGAAAAAAAAAAUAAUAAACAUACAACCUUUACUCAAACAAAUAUGCAAUAUGAAAAAGAAAAUUUAAACAUUUUUUCAAAAUGUAUAACAAAAAAAAUAAUAUAUCAAGCAAUUAUACAAAUAACAUAUGAACAAAAUAUUCAACAAAUAGAAUUAGAAAAAAUGUCUGUCAAUUUAAAUGAUCAAAACAAUAAACAAAUAUAUUCUCAACUAGUAGAACGACAGAAUGAUAAUUUGAAUUUUAUGGAUAAAGUCGAACCAAUCUCAGGAUAUAUCAAUAUUUUUAAUAAAAUGAAAACAUUCUCUAAUGCGUCUACUCUUGUAGACUCGAUAAUGAGAAAUAAUAUCGAAUACGCCACGAAGAUGGAGGAAUUUCAAACUUCAGAAAAAUUAAUAUGGGAAAAUAAUAUUAUGCAAAUUUUGUUAAAAAAAGUUUUAUCUCUUUUAUUGAUAAAUAAUACUGUCACAUUCUUAGCAGAUGAAUUAAUUGAAGAAUCCUUUUUGAAUAUUUACUUACUUAGCCAAAAGGAAAUUCAUAAAAUUGAUAAAAAGUUAUGUGAUGAAAAAAAUUAUCAACAUGAAAAGCGUAAAAUGGAGAAUGGACAUUUUACAUUUUGUAUGUCUAACGAAAAAAUAAAUGUUAAAGUCCCACUGAAAAUCAGUGAAAAUAUGAAUAUGGAUGACGUUUUAAAAAAAAUAAAAAACUACAUUAAUAGAAAAUUAUCAUAUUUACAAAAAGAAUAUGAUCUUAACCUUUUAUUUAUAGAAAAAAAUGGAACGAACAUAUUGAACAUAAAAGACCUGUUUUCCCAUCAACCUGGAGAAUUCAAUAUUUGUUUAACUGAACUGCAACCAAAUUGA